GAGGAAAAGAAAAAGAAAGGAAAAAGAAAACUCCUGUUCUGUUCGCUCUCUGGCAUUUUGCUCAAAGCGUCCGACCACGCUCUGACUCUGAGGUACUCUGUAUUGGAAGAGCUGACAAGAGUAAAUAUAUAAUUGUACUGUCUCUCCAACCUCUCCUUUCUUCCCUUCCAUUUCAUUCAAUCGACUAUCAAUCAAUCAUCAUGAAGUAGGAAGAAUAUAUAGAGAGAGAUAGGUAAUAAAGAUGAGUGUCUCUUUGACUGUGAUGACCUUCAAUCUCCACGAUGAUCAGCCACCGGACAGUCCUAAUUCUUGGGAGAAGAGGAGGGGUUUGUGUAUCAGCGUUAUUACUAAUUACUCCCCCACCAUCCUUUGCACUCAACAAGGAGUGAAAUCGCAGUUGGAUUUUCUUCAGCAGGGUUUGCCAGGUUAUGAUCAGUUUGGCAUAUCAAGAAAAGGCCCUGAAGACACUACUGACGAGCAGUGCACAAUCUUCUAUGACAAGGAGAAGGUAGGGCUUCUGGAAGGUGGAACCUUCUGGCUUUCUGAGUCUCCCUCUGUACCCGGAAGCAUUUCAUGGGGUUCUGAAGUUCCUUGCAUAGCAACAUGGGCCACAUUUCAACUAAAAGGGGUUGAACCGCCAGGAUUUUCAUUUCAGAUAGUAAAUACAAACAUGGAUCAAUUCAGCCCUCGUGCUCGUAGACGAAGUGCUUUACUCACAUGGCAGCACAUUGCAUCUCUGCCCCCUAGUCUGCCGGUUGUAUACUGUGGAGGAUUCAAUACACAAAAGGAAUCAACUACAGGACGGUUUCUUCUUGGGAGAUCGAGAGAGCAUGGUGUAGUUGGGGAUAUGCGGGAUGUGCCUAGUGCCCGUGUAAAAAACGUUUCCUUAAUCCGAACUUAUCAUGGAUUCAAGGGUGACAAACAGGGAGCUCUUGAAUUCGUCAAAUUAUUUAGAGCACUUUGCCUCUGCUGGGAUCGCCAAACACAAGAUCUUCAUGAUUGGAUCCUUUUCAGAGGUAGGUCUUUGAUUCCUGUUUCAUGUGAAGUGGUUAAUGAUAACAUGGAUGGGUACUACCCAUCCUCUCAUUAUCCAAUAUUUGCCGAAUUUAUGCUUCCUCGCACCGUGAGGAUGUUAGAACCACCACCGCCACCUGCACCUGUACAAGAGGAUAACUGAAUUUUGUAUGUCUUGGGUUAUGAAAUGUGAUGCAUUGUGUGGUCAUAGCUCGUGGUGUUGAACUUUCAUUCUGUGCUUCUCAUUUUGAGUUGGAGCAUUAAUUUAUUAGCUGUACACUCCCCGUGCCUGCCCCAGGUUUCUUGUGUUGAACAGAGAUCAAUAUGAUUGUGAAUGAAGUUGUUUUUUUAACUGAUUCUUGUCAA